AUGAUUAAGAGAGUUCUUGGCAAUAGAAAAGUUCUCAUUGUUCUGGACGAUGUGGAUGAGAAACAGCAACUCAAAAGUCUAGCGGAAGAAGGUGAUUGGUUUGGUUUCGGUAGUAGGAUUAUCAUAACUACUAGGGAUCAAAGUGUUCUAAGGAUUGAGGGAGGAGCAAUAGGUGAAGGCCAUGUAAAAAAAUCUGCAAAAGUUUUGAUUUACGAAGUACAGGAAAUGAAAUUUGAAGAUGCUCUUAAGCUUUUCAGUAAGCAUGCCUUUAGAAGGGACUCACCGCCAGAUUAUUAUGGCUCCCUUUCAAAUAAGAUUGUCUCCACAUUGGGAAUGCUUCCUUUAGCCCUUGAGGUUACAGGUUCAUCCCUUAACAAUGAACCCAAAGAAUUCUGGCAAGCCACAUUGAAAAAGUUAAAAGAUGCUCCUCCUGAUGAAGUCCAAAGUAAAUUGAUGAUAUCUUAUGAUAAGUUAGAUAAUAAAACAAAGCAAGUAUUUUUGGAUAUAGCUUGUUUUUUUGUUAAUGAGGAUAAAACAUACCCUCUCUCUAUGUGGGAUGCCUAUGGAUACCAUCCAGACGUUGCCAUUAAGGUCCUCUUUCUCAUGUCCUUGAUCAAAAUUAAAGAUGACAAUAACUUUUGGAUGCAUGAUCAAGUGCGAGACCUCGGAAGGGAAAUUGUACGUCAAGAGAACAAAGAACCCUGCGAGCGUAGUAGAGUGUGGAAUCAUGAGGAUGCCUUGAAUAUUCUGAAGCAAAAAGAGGUAUAG